UAAUACCGCGAUAUAGAUAGACGUUUAUAAAACAGUUACAUAUUAUUAUGUAAAAUACAAAAGUCUGGAAAAAAUAUUGAAUAAUACAUAAUAAUAUUUUAUAUUUAUAUACUGAUAGGUACAGCACCAAGUAUUUAAUUGUGUUUACCUAUGCUCACAUGCGAUUAAUGCAGAAUUAUAUAUCGUCCGUUUUCAUAUAAGGACGUCCAUCAUUCGUUGAAAUGGCCUUGUCGAAUCGUCAUGAAAAACCGAAAAUCUUUACGCUGAUAUACAACCUAUCAGGAGGAGCUAUCAAUGCUCAAUUCAUCAUUACGGUGAUUGCGGCACUGGGAGCGAUAGCCACUGGUACCAUACUCGGAUGGUCGUCAUCGGCCCAGACCAUGUUCGAAUCGGACGAGUCGCUGUUGCCGUUUACGGUCACCGCAAAGGACACGCAGACGUUCAGUUCGGUGUUUGGCAUUGGCGCGGCCCUGGGAGCGCUACCGGCAGGAUACGUGUCCAGGACGUUUGGUCGACCGGCCAGUAUAAUGUUGUUCGAGGGAUUCUUGUUGGUCGGCUGGAUCAUGCUGGUGUUGCCCACUUACGUUUGGGUGCUGUCUUCCGGCCGGAUGAUGCAAGGCAUCGGAGCCGGAGCUCUGUGCGCCGUUAUUCCGUCGUACGUCGGCGAGAUAGCUGAGCCACGGAUGAGAGGUCGUCUGGGAACGAUAUUCCAAUUAUUCAUAGUCAUCGGUAUACUGUACUCGUAUACGUCGGGUGCGUUUAUGAAUUACAUGCCGUUUUGCAUCGCUUGUGCUUUUUGGGUGAUAUUACAUUUUAUCGGCGUCCUGUACAUACCCGAAUCGCCGUACCAUCUUAUGAACAUCAACGAUCCCGACCGGGCGGCCGCUUCGCUGCAGAUACUCAGAGACUCGUCGGACACAACUGAAGAAUUGGCAUCCAUCAAGACGUUUGUCGAAAAACAGCAAUCUCAAAGUUUUACAGUGUUGGAAGUUUUGUCUGACAAAGUGAAUCGCAAGGCCUUGUUAAUCAGUAUUGGAUGUAUGUUUUUCCAGCAAAUGAGUGGUAUAAACGUGGUAAUAUUUUACAUGACCGACAUAUUCAAAUCGACCGGCAGCAACAUAAGUCCGAAUACGUGCACCAUAAUCGUCGGUAUUGUACAGCUCGUCAUGACAGUCGUAUCUUUUACUAUAAUCGACAAGAGUGGUCGAAAGGCGUUACUCGUGAUCUCGGCGUUACUGAUGGCGACCUGCUACGCGGGAUUGGGUGGAUUUUUCUUGAUCAAAACGCAUUACCUAGAACUGGCGUCAAAACUCAACUGGUUGCCCCUAGUGUGCAUCGCUGUGUACAUAUCGGCGUUUUCCAUCGGCUACGGUCCCGUGCCAUGGAUAAUGAUGGGCGAAAUAUAUUCGUCGGAGGUAAAGCCAAUCGGGACGAGUCUGACUACCUGUACCAACUGGACGCUAGUGUUCGUGGUCACGUACGUGUCUACAGAGCUGACUCGUUGGCUGGGCCAAGCUGGUUGCUUCCUAACAUUCAGCGCGUUUUGCUUGAUGGGAGCAGCGUUUGCUGCAUCUAUUGUACCAGAAACGAAAAACAAGACAUUGGCCGAAAUACAGCUGAAACUAGUCGGAAAAUCUAAGAUCAUCCCGGUGGCGGUCAAUGUUGUGGAGGUUGUGGGGGAUGAGGCGCCUCAAAUGACUACCACGUUUUCAUAAAUUCAACGUUUAAAUCUUGAUCGACGUUUUCCAAACGGGAUAUCCAAGAUCUUCCCUCUCCACCAUGGCCAAUAAUUGUAAUAAAUAAUGUGUAUUUUUAUCAUACACAACCCAUUGUAAUUUAAGUUGUAUAAUAUUAUAUGCAUAUCAUCUUCAGGCCAGUUCUAUAUACACAUGUGCACCUACCGUUGAAAGAGUAAUUAAAACUAUCCUCCGAAGAUACCAACUUUUUUUCAAAUGAGAAUCACCAUGUUUCCUGUUAAUUGUUAAGUAGAUGAUUUUUUUUGAACACGUUGAUGUAUCCAAAUCGAAAUUCAACCAAAUAUUUUUGGAGUUAAUUAAUAAUUUUUACGAAAAAUAAUAUCUUCAUGAUAAUAGAUUUGAUAUAAAUUCCUACAUCAUCAUGAAAAAAAAAAUUAUCUGCUUAAUAAUUUAUUAUUUGAAAAUGUGUUCUUUAAGUAUAUAAUACAUAAUACAAUAAAGAAGAAAACUUUGAAGUGAGUAUCAUGCUUGUGAAUCGCCCUGUAAAGUUUUAUAAGAUAUGUUUAGGAGAUUAGAAUUCUCAAACAUAUUUAAGUCUCGCGGCGAAACAUGUUUUUCAGUACUUAUUCAUUUACAAUUAAUGUAUUCCAUAAAUAAUAUAAUAAACCAUAAUGAAAACUCGA